CCCACGCGUCCGGCCACUUCGGGCAGUCUGUCGUUCGAUCUGAUCUUAUCUCUUGAGCGCCCACGUCGCGUGUCGCCGUGUGUUGACACUAUUUCCCCCCGCCGGCUCCACCACGCGUCGCGACCCCCUCAACUCCGAAGCCCAACACACGAGGCUCAAAGGGACGGACGAGAAUAAUAUAACUCGUCGGCCCUUGCGACAUCACUGAUCGCAAAUGGACAACGAGGUUCCCCUCCCUCCACCACGGCGGAUUCGGCACCGUUCGCCAUCCCGCCUCUCACCAGCGGGCUCGGUCGCAUCGUCCUUCCGCAGGUCGCGCCGGCUGUCGCGCUUUGACGACCGCUCCAGUCAGCCCUCGAGUGACCCGGCGCUGUUCUCGAGCGAUGACAUUCCCGCGUCCGGGCUCGAGAAUUACCAUGCACCGGUAGCGGGCGCUGGGCGCAAGCGUCGAUACCGCGGGACCUGGUGGGGAGAGCAGGUUGCGGAUCCCAAGCGGAAGAGGGCUGAUUUCAAGGAGAAGCGCAAUGUUGAUAGUGGUGUUUGGAUGGGCAGUGAUGAAUCUAUCACCGAGUCCUCUUUGCCGUCGGAAGAUGCAUCGAAUUGGGGGGAGGAUCUCCUGAAGACGGUUCUUGAUCCUCGGGCGCCGAGCAAAGUCUCCAAUGCGCCUUCACUCUUCAAGGCGUCUGAUACAGUGUCGACGACGGUGCAACCUCGGCCGGUCAUUUCUCUGGGCCCCUUCGAGUCGGAGGAACAUAAAUAUGCGAAAGCUGUGAUCAAUGAUUGUCUUGAGAAGGGCGAUGACAGCGUUGAUCUUGGGGGCAUUAAUCUGAGGCAUAUUCCUCCAGGCCUAUUGAGACCUCUACAGCAUCUUACAAAGCUGCCUUCUUUACAUGAGGCACCAGUAUCUGAAAACGCCUAUUUCUCGCUUCAACCAUUUCUCCGAAUCUAUCUCUCCAACAAUUCCCUUAUUUCCCUAUAUACGAGCGAAAUCUUUGACCUGAAAGAUCUUAAGGUUCUCAGCUUGCGUAACAACAAGCUCACGCGGAUUCCAGAGGCGAUUCGCAAGUUGACCGCUCUGCAAGUCCUCAAUGUUUCCAUGAAUCGCCUCGAUGAACUCCCCUGGGAUCUUCUAUGGCUGUUGCAGCAGGGGGAGUUGAAGCACUUUACCGCCCGUCCAAAUCCAUUCCCGUCAAUCGACGAAUCUGGACCGGUCAAGUGGUACUGUGAAUUUGACAAGUCCGAUGAUGAAAAUGAAGCCGAGGAUGAAGAUGAAUUAGACGUUCCGCAAACCACCCCCAUCCCAAAGUUCCGCGACUAUGAAGGCGUGCCUCCUGACGAGGCAUGGACACCUAUCCACGUCGCAACGGGACCAGUGACCCGCCUGGAUAUGGAGGGACGAAUUCUCGAAGAUAAUGCGUCAUUUCACGCACCCUCCACCUCCCUGCCCGCAUCCAGGGCCCCCUCGCUUCGUGAGGUCGCUCUCCGCGCAAUAUCCAAACUCCCGGGUAUCGACCAACUCACCGAUUCUGAACUUCUCGAGUUCCCCGCUCUUGUCAUUCCCUUGAUCUCGCUCGCGCGACAGACCAGGCAGGAAGGAGCACAGCGUUGCUCAAUCUGUCAGCGGGAAUUCAUCGUUUCCCGGGCGAUGUGGACUGAGUGGUGGGACUGCACUCCCCAUGAGAACGGUAUGAAGAGGCCUCGGGUUUCGGGGGAGUUGCUCAGGCCGCUACCUUUUAAGCGGGUUAGCUGCAGCUGGGCCUGUGUGCCGGGUGUGCAGGCUGUAGAAUAGCUUUUUAUUUCCUGUUCGGCUUUAUAUGUUCCGAGGCAUGGGCCUUUUAUAUGAUUUGAUUUGUAUGUAUUAGAUAUUGGUGUCAUUACAGCUUACUGCCGCUAUGGAUAUAUGAUCUCUGGAUUGUUCAUUAUUUCAAUUUUCCAAGCUUGGCUCGAGGUUUUAUCAAAGUUCGACUAGCUUUGGUAUCCAGGGUAUCGUCAAAAAGACUGGGCUUUGUAACUAGUCCCUAUGGUGUGCGGCUGGCCGCUUCUCUCUUCAGAGAUAUGGCGGGACUGGAGACGCUCAGAGGUCAUCUCAGGGAGACUAGAGCAUCAAAUGAAUGGUGCACAUGCACCCUACAGUGCAUCUAGGACUUCGAAGGGGAGCCCUGGGGCCCCCAGUGGGAAUGAUUUCUGCCGGCGUGACCUCGCUUUUGGUGCCGUCUGUACCCUGUGUCAAUGAUACUGGUGUGUGGUAGCAUAUCGGAUGAGAGGGUCGGUGUCGAUGGGGGCCUCACAAUAGUAGCAAUGGUGAAUGGCCGCUAUGGGGUAUUAAUGUCUUCGUGCAGUCCACAAACGGUUUCACUUGAGGCUAACAGCCACCUCAACCAUCUUGACCCAUCGUGUUCGGGUCUCGGGAAGCUCGGUGUCUUCAGAUAUGGCAGAAGCCGGACGCUUCUUUUUCUUCUUCGCGACGCUUUUUGAGGUAGUAUGUUGCAGACCGGUCAUCUCCUCGGAGCUCUUUUGGUCAUCUCGCUGCCCGUCUUGUUGCGCUUCCCCCUGGCGUUGUUGUUUCUGCAGCUCCCGCUCUUUCUUCUCUUCAUCCUCGACCACAUCAUCGACAACAAGUACACUCCCGGUCUUCACGCGGACGGUGUACUCGGCCUCUUUCUCCUCGAACCACUUUCCCACGUUCAGUGCCUUCUCGAUAGCACGUCCGGUAGCUUUCACAAACACCUCUUCCUGCUUUUCAGCAACUUUGGCGAGCUCCGCAAGCUUCUGCUGUUCCGUCUUUCGGCCGUCUUCGAGGCUGAUAUUGGCCGUGGCGCGCUUCUCGGCCUGGCGGAGUAAUUUCUGGACGCGCUUCACGGCACUCAUGAACGGCGUGCCGCUGGAUACGUAGACAAUCUUGGGCACUGAGGCACCGGCGUAUGGAGAGGCAACUGGCGCAUGAGGAAUGGGUCGCUUCUCAACCUUUGCAUCUAUGAAUUUUCGUUGUUAGACAUUUGCGCCAGUCAUCUUCGAGCAGUUUUGCGAUUGAUCCGGCAGGAUGGGAAUCGGGGUGUGAAGCAUACAUUUUGGGAGCUUGACAAGAUCUUGAUUCUUCUUAUCAAAAUGGAGCUGUCGCUCCAAG